GACUUCGAGGGUGCUACCUUCGAAUUUCCAUCAAGCUCGUUUAGCGCGGGCGCGUUUAAUUUUAUGGCUGGCUGGGGCGACCUGGGCAGUAUGCCCACAGAAACCAAUACCCAACUGCUACCAGGGCUCACGCGCACGGGCGACAUCUCGACGUGGGACUUCGAGUCUUUCCUCACGACCCCAGGACCCGCUCUCUCCACCAUUCCCAAGGAGGCACCUGCCAAUGUCACGCCAUUUGCAUCGUCCCCACGCCUUCCCCUUUGG